UGCGCGAAAAAAAAGGUAAACAUUACCCCACGAUUUUUUUUGAUAAACUCCGGUGUUAACAGAAUUAAAAAUUUACAAGAAAAGUGUUCAUUUAAUACGUUUUGAAACAGUCACAUUGAUAAAGUAAAUAAUGGCAGAUAUACUGGACAUCGAUGGAAGCACGCUUGAAGGGGGAGGUCAAAUCCUACGAAUGUCCCUUUGCUUCAGUGUCCUAUGUCGGAGAUCGAUUCGUAUCUAUAACAUUCGCGCCGGUCGGAAGAAACCGGGUCUCGCAGCACAACACCUGACAGGUGUCGCACUACUACGAGAUAUUUGCCGAGCCAGGGUUCAGGGUCUCCAGAUCGGUUCCACGGAGUUGGAAUUCCACCCCGGCGAUAUAGGGCAAGGCAAAUUCGACGGGCAUGUACAAACGGCCGGAAGCAUCAGUUUGCUUAUUCAAGCCGUGCUGCCGGUAGCAAUUUUUGGUGCCGGUUCCAUUACUUUGGAUUUGAAGGGAGGAACUAAUGUGGAUAUGGCACCUCAGGUCGAUUUCAUGACCGAAAUUUUCCGCCCCAAUAUGGAAAAGUUCGGUGCCACCUUUGAUUUCGACCUUUUUCGGAGAGGCUAUUUUCCGAAAGGCGGUGGCCACUGCGUGGUACACAUUAAACCGGUGCGGACUUUGAAACCGGUGUCUUCAGUCGAUUUCGGAAGUAUUAGUAAAUGUUACGGGUGGAGCUUCGUGGCAGGGAAUGUGCCUAUGAGAGUAUCCAAAGAUGCUUCUAACGGUGCUAAGAAUGUGCUUCAAAGGCUACAGCCUCCAGAAAUCGACAUAGAUGAAUACAAGGAAAGUGUCGACAUGGCACCGGAUAACUGCUCUGGGAUUAUCCUAGGUCUUCAGACCACCACCGGUGCCAUUCUGGGCGCGGGGUCGCUCGGAAACCGGCAGAAGGACUCCUUCCAAAUGGGACUGGAAACGGCCAACAUUAUUAAAGAGGCGCACAGUGUGGGAGCAUGCGUUGAUCGGCAUGUUCAGGAUAUGCUGGUGGUGCUGAUGGCAUUGGCCGAUGGUCGCAGUGCGGUCAAAACCGAGCCACUUACCAUGCACACCAAAACUGCCAUUCACAUUGCCCAGCUGAUGACUAGGGCUAAAUUUACGGUAACAGAACAACCAAAUGGGUGUUGUCUGAUAGAAUGUGACGGUAUCGGAAUGAAAAAUAGGUAUCUUUGAAUUUGUUUUUAAAGUCAGGUAAGUAAUCAUUCCUGAGUUAAGUUGAAUAAAUUUGAAGGCUAAAUAAUC